UUGAGUUAUCGCUGCAACAACAUUUCGGUUUACUCGUAUACAUUUAAUUUAUUGGCGUUAAUGAUUUUGCAUUAAUAUACUAACUUUAAUGAAGAUCGUUAAUUGAAUAAAAUCAUCGGCGAUAGAGCUCAGUUGUUAAAACGUUGCUAAUUAGAUUACAGAUUAAUGUCAUUGCUUACAUCCGCGUUUUUAUUAUUUACUUUAAAUCCUUUCAACAUUUUACUGUUCAGAAGAAAACUUCAGUUCAAGAAAUGUCAGAGUGUAAAUCCUACGACAUAGUUGAUACCCCACUUCUUGAUACGAUACCUUUUGAUGUUGUUGAUACUCCUUUUUCUAAAAACAGUGAUAUCGUAUUUUUUGAUUCAAUUGACACUCAUCCGAUCGAUAUACUUAAUGCUGUACCUAAUGACAUCGUAUAUAAAUUUGUUGAAAAUAGUAGAUCUCCUUGUAAAAUUACUAAUGAUAGUGAAAGUCCUAAUUCUGAAUUUGUGGAUGGAGGUGUUAAUCAACAAGAUGUUGAUGGUUUUUUUAGUAAAUCUACGACCGUUACCUCGUCAUAUUCGUACACGCACACAACAAUGGAAGAGGAGCGAAAAGAUAACGAAGGCAUUGUUUUUAAGCACACAUCUUUUUCUCCUAAGCUUGUAACAAAAGAGCAAAAUACUAAAGUCAGUUAUGAUUCAGACUUUUAUUACGAUAUGUCGACAUUUCCUCGCGGAAAAAUGACUAUUUUAAAUGUUAAAUAUUUUAGAAGAGCGUCAGGUAUGGCUGAUUAUCCACGCCAUGGAACAGAUCGAGAUGCUGACAACUUGUGCGAACUUUUUGUAGAAUUAGGAUUUGUUGUUGAUAGAUAUGACAAUCCUACUCGGAAUGAUAUCUUAAGUAUAUUAAAAGCUGCUGCAAACGAAGACUACUCAAAAAUGAGCUGCUGCGCAGUUGCAAUUUUAACACAUGGCGAAGAAGGUAUUCUUUAUGGUACAGAUGCACAUGUCAAAAUUAAAGAUAUUACAAAACUAUUUCGCACUCGCAGUUUGGCUGGAAAACCAAAACUUUUUCUUUUUCAGGCCUGUCAAGGUUCAGAGUAUAUGAAUCCUAUUGAUUCAGUUGAUGGACCUGGAAAUCUUGCCAAUCAAAAAGAUGCGGCUUUGACACUCCCAUCAGAAUCUGAUUUUUUGUAUGCUUAUUCUACAGUGCCUGGAUAUUAUUCCUGGCGAAAUUCUACAAACGGAUCUUGGUUCAUGGAAUCUCUAUGUGGAGUUUUUCGUCAAUAUGCGCAUAAAAUGGAUGUACUUCGUAUGCUCACGCGCGCAAACGAAGUUCUUUCAAAGCGCAAAUCAAAUACUGCUGUUCGAGCAACUGAUAAUAAAACACAAAUAGCUUCUAUUGUGACACAGUUAAGAAAAGAUUUUUUUAUGAAUCCCCCAAAUGGACCUUUAGAAACAAAACCUCAUUUGCCGGGCAUAAAGCUUUAACUUUAUAUUUUUUAUUGUAUAAAUUGUGACAUUCAUAUUAAAGAACAUUAGACAGUAUGAAGGAAACAUUUUUAUAAUGCUUUUUUUGUGAUUUUUAAAAUUUUGAAAAAAAUAUACAUAUAUUAAUUA